CCGCCUCCAAGCUACGAGUCGCGCGACAUAUAGAGAUGCAGAAAUGCAGCCAUAGUGCACUGAUCUGUAAUGCUGGCGAGCGGAGGCGGGCAUCACGAUUUUUUCUGCCGCGUGCACCACAGGGCGCUAAAAUCAAUGUGGCCUUAAAAUGCAAUGGCACAAAUCGUGCGCGUGCUCAGCAAACCAACGUCUAACUUGCCCCCAUCGGCUUUAGAUGCAAGCCUGACGGUUACACGAAGUGGUCUCAGAAUCACGUGGUGCGUGUCAUGGCACGUCGCAGUCGGAGCGAGGAGCAUCACCAUACGAGAACCUUGGCGCCUCAGUGGUGACAGACCACGUUUGAACAGAAUGCAAUGCCGAAGUCUUUUCCCACCUCUCGUGGCUGGCAUGCCGCACUAAUGAGCAAGUACAUGAGUGUGCAAGCCAUGGGGACGCGCUAGAGGCACUGAAGAUUGGAACUACUGGGCGGCUCUGGAGUCCGCGCCCAGCUCAAAUCGAAAUGGUUGGUGCUGGCUGAAGUCCUGAGCGUGCAUGAAAAUCCAAAGCCACAUUCGAAUAUAGAAACGACGCAGAAGGCCGCUGCAGAACAACUAGCGUCCGCCUGUUGCCAAAACUGCUCAGGCGCCAAGGCAUCGAAGCCUCAGCGCAAGAUGGGGUAUUGAAGGCAUCAGCGCCCGAAACAUGCACAAUACGGAGUGGUCGAAGAGUGGAGGGACAAGCGGGUGGGAAUACAAGAGAGGCGACAUAACCCGAGUGGGAGUGGAGAGAUCCUCGCACACGGUCCUCGACAUCCAACGCCAAUGCCUUGCAUCGGCAGGGUAUCGGGACUCUGGAGAUACCAUUGAAGCAACAUAUUUGACGUGGCGCAGCAAUUGCGCCCAGCGGCAGAGGCACUGCGAAGGUCCAACAAUUAUUCAAACAGAGCAUCGCUCGCGCCCCACAAAUCCCGUCUUGUUUCUUCCCCGAAUCGCUGACGCCAAGCCUGGGGAACGGCACCGCGGCCACUGGGGGUCAAACCCCCGGUGCGCGCAGCGCCGCCAGGCUGGAGAGAUGCAGUUCGCGCAACCACCGCAAUGCAGUGCUGGACAAAACCACGCGCAACCUUCGCAACGCAGUGCUGGACGAAACCAGCGAUGAGAAAGCGAAGGGCGGGGGAGGUGAGAAGAGGAGGAAGAAAAGGAGGAGGAGGUGAACACACAGAGGCUGUGUGAGGAGGGGCCGACUAUUUCAGCCGUCUGCCCCGCGCCUCGCGCGGAGGCCGAGACCAGCCGGACGGGGCCGCGCGCGCGUUUCGCGGCGCAUGGCCCCGCCCUGGCCCCUGCCUCGGGCAGGCGGCGGCGGCGGAGGCCGCUCCUGUGCCGGCCUCUCUCUCCCCCCCCCCAGGGCCCUGCGCC